CAGAAACUACCUUCCCCCCCUCAGAGUCCCGAACAUGGCUGAAGCUUCCUAUCUUUCUCUCUCUAAAACUCUCUCUCUCUAAAACUCAAAGCUUAAAAAAAAAAAAAAAAAAAAAAAAAGGAAUAAUAUCUGAAACGCUUGCUUUAUUUUUUUUGUGUUGGUAUUGAUCUUUGGUUAUGUGUUGCUUAUGAUUGAAGCAUUGAAUCGAGUGUGAUCUGAAAGCGUGCGUGAAAUGUGCGUUCCGAGAAGGAUUGGAAACCCUAGAAGACUUAGAGAGAGUUUCUUCGUCUACGCCUCUCAUCGAUGAAGCACUUUCGUCGAUGCGUGAGGAGUUUCCUCCUCCUUCUGCUCUGUGUUUCCGUCUUAAUUCCAAUCAUUUUCGUCACCAUCAAGCUCAAGCACCUAUCUCCCAUCGGACAGAAAGAAUUUGUUGAGGAUUUAUCUGCUAUUAAAUAUAGGACUGAUGCUGCUUUGAGACAUAAUGCGAUCAAGCAGGAAGCUCGUGAAGACUUGAAAGGGCCGAAACAAGUUAUUUAUGAAGAUAGGGUAGUUAAUUAUAGUGCUAAUGAGGAUAGCGAGACUGAGGAAUCUGAAAAUGACGGAGACAUCACUGACCUUUUGGAGAGAAAUGAAACUAAUCAUGAAAGAGAAGAAGCUCAGCAGUUUCACCAAAGAGAAAUAUCAUCAAUGGCUGGGGAGAAGGGGCAAUCUCAUCAAACAACAGUUGAACGUGAUCAUAAUGCACACUCUCAGUAUAGGAGAAUGAUUGAUAAGAAGAUUAAAGAGGUGAAAGAUGGGCAUUCUAAUCAAACAAGAGUCUGGCCUGAUCAUAGUUUACGCUCCCAAUCGUAUAAAGUGACAGACGUGAAUAUUGCAAAGAUGAAAGAUCUAAUGAUUAGAGCCAAAGUAUACUUGAACUUUGCACCACCAGACAGCAAGUCCCGUUUAGUGAAAGAUUUGAAACAGCGGAUCAGAGAGGUGGGACGAGCACUUAGUCAAGCCACCAAGGAUUCACGUUUGUCUGAAAGUUCUGUGCAGAAACUGGAAAAGAUGGAGGCUACAUUGUCUAAAGCUAGCCUUGUCUACCCAGACUGUUCUGCUAUGGUCAGUAAGCUUCGAGCUAUGACACAAAAUACUGAAGAGCUUGUACGGGCACAGAAAAAUCAAGCAACAUAUCUUGUUCGCCUUGCUGGAAGGACCACUCCCAAGGGCCUUCACUGCCUUUCUAUGCAGCUGACUGCUGAAUACUUCGCCCUGCAGCCUGAGGAGAGACAGCUCCCUAACCAACAAAAGUUGCAAGAUGCAGAGCUGUAUCAUUAUGCUGUCUUCUCUGACAAUGUUCUUGCUUGUGCAGUUGUUGUGAACUCCACCAUCUCUGCUGCCAUGGAGUCAGAGAAAAUUGUUUUUCAUGUGGUCGCUGAUUCUCUUAAUUUUCCAGCAAUCUCAAUGUGGUUCUUAUUGAAUCCCCCUGGCAAAGCCACCAUCCAGAUCCAGAGCAUAGACGAUUUUGAAUGGUUGUCCACAAAGUAUAAUAUAACAUUGAAGAAGCAAAGUUCCAGUGACCCAAGAUAUGGCUCUGAACUGAACCACCUUCGUUUCUAUCUGCCAGAUGUCUUUCCCGCACUGGAUAAGAUUGUGCUUUUAGACCAUGAUGUGGUGGUGCAAGGGGAUCUAACAGAGCUAUGGAGUGUUAAUAUGAAGGGGAAAGUAAAUGGUGCAGUUGAGACUUGUAAUGAAAGUGAAGCCUUGUUGCGUCGGAUGGAUAUGCUCAUCAACUUCUCAGACCCUCUUGUUUCAAAGAGUUUCAAUGUCAAUGCAUGUACUUGGGCAUUUGGGAUGAAUUUGUUUGAUCUACAAGAGUGGAGACGAAAAAAUUUAAAUUCUGUCUACCAUAAGUACUUGCAGUUGGGUAAUGAGAGGUCAUUGUGGCAGGCUGGGAGUCUGCCCUUAGGUUGGAUUACCUUCUAUAACCAGACAAUGGCUUUGGACAGGCGAUGGCAUGUCCUAGGGCUUGGUUAUGACUCAGCUGUUAGACGAGCUGACAUUGAACAGGCAGCAGUGAUACACUACGAUGGAGUUACGAAGCCAUGGUUGGAUAUUGCAAUUCGGAGGUACAAGGGCUAUUGGACCAAAUAUGUCAAGUAUGACCACCCUUACUUGCAACAGUGCAAUAUCCAAGAGUAGGCGAAAUAAUGCUCGACUCAGUGGUAUAAACUGACAGAUGCAGAUGCACCCAAUUGCUUCUUGUUCUUGGAUCUGCAUGUGUUCACUUGAUUCUUUCUCUUUAGCGAUUCUUCAUGUAAAGUCCAACUCAUUUUUUGCCAAAAUUUGCCGGCCGCAAGCUUCUAGGAGUUUUUUGAGUCAAUUUAUAGCAAUAUUCUGAAGUGAAAUAAGAGUCCCUGGGGGAUUUUGUAAUGGUGGUUAGUUCUUGCAUGUACAUAACUCAAUUGAGAUACUUCACUUGAUUUCAAACACCUUACACUUCCAAAUUCCAAUAGACACUUACUUUGCGACCUUCUUUUCUUCUUCUUCACAAGUUAUGCUUUGGUACUUUUUUUUUUUUUACGUCAUCAAUUAGUUUACUUAUUGAUUGAACUAACAAUCUUUACGAGCCUAAUCGUUUGUCCAACUAUCAGCUUGUGUGCGUGUGUAUUGUCCCAUAUCAGAUGAAGCCUAAUAUAUGUGAUGAUGAUAUAGCCUUUUAAUUGAAUAUUCCGUCCAAAAUGGUAGUUUGUUCAAGUUAAGCCCUUUCUAUUCAUGAUCAGAGUUCCAGCUUUUUCGGGUAAAACUUGGAAAUGACUGACCAAAAGUGGACCAUCGUGCGACCUUCGUGGGCAUUUAUAAUCAAUGUAUAGCGAGACGAACAGUUUUGGCUCAUAUAAGAAGAAGUCUAAAGUCCCUAAGAUUUUUAGUUAACAACCCUUGGGCUUCUCACUUCUGAGAGCAAUAUUGGUUUGUGAACGGAUUAUGUGACACGUGGAGAAAGUUGGUUGGGUUUCUGCAGAUAGGGGAUAUCUAAUGAAGGGCUACGAAUCUAUUCUAUCCAAGCUGUGUGAUACAAACUUUGUACCGAUAAAAUAUAAUUUGUAAAUUCUUACCAUUUACAUAUGAAAUAAGCUCUACCACCGUCACAGAAAUAAAAUUAGAUUUCAUUUUUGCAAUCAAAUUUUGAAGAGAAAUGGCAACCAUCACUGCUGGCACUCUAAACUCAUCUGUCACCCGCGCGGGUCUCCUAUACAAGCCAUUGGUUAAGGUUUCAUCCUCACCUGUUCUUGGGUUGCCAGCAAUGAGAAAGAUGGGAAAAGUGAGAUGUUCGAUGGAGGGAAAGUCUUCAAAAUCAAUGCAGGAAAGUGACUCAAAGAUGGGCAUGGGAGCAUCAUUGAUUGCAGCGAUCUGCGCUGCAACCAUGUCAAGCCCAGCCAUGGCCCUAGUGGAUGAGAGAAUGUCCACUGAAGGGACAGGUCUUCCCUUUGGUUUGAGCAACAACCUUCUUGGUUGGAUCCUGCUUGGUGUGUUUGGUCUCAUUUGGGCUUUCUAUAUUAUUUACACAUCUUCUCUCGAAGAGGAUGAGGAGUCUGGAUUGUCCCUCUAAACCCAAAUCUCAUGCUCGAGGGAAUGUAGACAAAGCCAAGAAUUUGGCCCUUCCUCCUCCAUUGUACUAAAUUAAACUACGUUUAUGUGUUAAUGUAUUGUACUUGUUUCUUAAUUAUUUAUUACUUCUUCUUCUUCUU